AUGAGCAAAUCCUGGCAUUUUCCACUGGUGGCGCUUUUUGCUCGCCCAGUGAGAAUGCCCGUCGCAGAAGCCCACAAAGGCCGGGGCAGGAAGGCAGCAGCUUCCGCAUCCGCAUCCGCCGCAGCCCGGAGGCAGUCCGCCGCCCUCAGCGAGGAGGAGGAUGGUUCCAGCAGCAACAACGUUCAGCCGAUGGACCAGGACGACGAGAACAACCGCGAUGAUCUUGAUCUCGACGACGACGACGGCGGGGAGGAGGAGGAGGAGGAGGAGCACGUCGACGAGGAGGACGAGGACGAGGAGCCGGACAGCAACGAGACCAGCGAGCCGGAGGAGCAGGUGGAGCCGCCGGCCUUCAGCCUGGCCACGCUGGGCCUGCAGCGCGUGGGCAGUGCCCCGCCCCCGAAGCCCAAGGUCCAGAAGGCCCCCAUCCUGACCCUGAACGCCCGCGGAAUGCCCGCCCGCAUCCGCAAGCGGAACCGCCUCUUCUACGACGAGAACAUCAUCAACGACGACAAGCCGCUGCGCAUGAGCCUGGCCCCCAAGAAGCUGCCCGGCCGCCCGCCGCUCUCCGCCGGCGGAGGCUCCGCCCAGAAGACCCCGCUCACGCCCUCCAAGGUGCUGAAGAAGCGCAAGGGCGUCGUCUCCCGCUACAUGCGAUCCAGUGAGCAGGGCUCCAGCUCGGCCAGCAGUCAGUCGGCUGCUGCUCCUGCUGCUCCCGCUGGUGGCAAGCACAAGAAGACGCCGUCGAAGGCUCAGUCGGCCAGCAAGAUGGGCCCCAGAUCCGGCAGAGGAGCCCACUUGAUCGGCGGCAAGGGAGCGGCUGCAGCGGCGGCGGCGGCGGCGGCUGCCGAGGAGGAGGCCAGCCAGGCGGAGGCCACGGCGCUGGCCAACAAGCGGCUGGGCCAGUCCAUCGGCCUGCGGCUGCGCAACCUGCUCAAGCUGCCGAAGGCCCACAAGUGGGCCAUCGCCGAGUGGUUCUACUCGUACAUCGACCGGCCGCUCUUCGACUGCCGCGACGAGUUCAUGAACCACGUGAACGAGCUGGCGCCGCGGCUGGGCACCCGGAGCCUCAACCGCCACGAGUGGGUGAACAUCCGGCGGCGGAUGGGCAGGCCGCGCCGCUGCUCGGCGAACUUCUUCAGCGAGGAGCGCAAGGAGCUGGACAGGAAGCGCCAGCUGAUGCGCACGCUGCAGUCGCGCAAGCCCGGCGAGUUCAAGGACUCGGUGCUGCUGGCGGACAUGCCGGAGAAGAUACCGAUGCCCCUGCCGCUGGGCACCAAGGUGACCGCCAGGCUGAGGACGCCCCAGGACGGCAUCUUCGCCGGCACGGUGGCCGCCUACGACUCCCUGAACGCCAUGUACCGCGUGACCUUCGAGCGACCCGGCCUGGGCACCCACGCCAUCCCCGACUACGAGAUCGUCUCCGAGAACUUCCACGAGAUGCUGCCGCUGCACAGCUUCACCAAGGACUUCCGGCCGAACCUGAUGAGCAUCUACCAGACGAACAACCUGGGCUUCACCACCAACCUGGGCUUCACCGCCAACCUGAGCAACAACUAUCUGCAGAAGAAGGACAAGGCGGGAGGAGGCGGCGGAGGAGGAGCAGCCGGAGCCAAGCAGCCGCAGAAGCACCUGGCCAGCAACAACGCGGCCGCCCGGAACGCGCUCAGCAUGAAGCUGAACAAGAGCGACCCCCUGCUGGGCCAGGACUGCGUCGGCGAGAGCCCCAUCCGCCAGCAGCUGGCGCGGCACCACGCCUACUCCAGCUCCCUGCUGGAGCACCUGGUGCACCUGGAGAAGCACAUCGCCGUCAAGGCGGACCGCAUCCAGCGGCUGAACAAGAUGAACGCCACCGCCGAGCUGGCCAUGGGCGAGAUGGUCAGCCAGGACGAGAACGGGGACCGCCACCGCCGCCAGAUCGCCGACAACUUCCAGCGGCAGUACGCCUUCAACAUCGUGUCCAUCGAGCGGCUCAACGGCGAGCUCAUGUUCGAGCUGACCAAGGUGCAGGAGAUGUCCAGCAGCCUGACGCGCAACCCCAACGUCCAGGCCAUGAUCUCGCCCACCUACCUGCGCGAGGAGUGCCGCGCCAAGGCCUCGCAGACGGUGGACGACAUCAACAAGGGCAUGGUGAAGAAUCCCCGCAUGAUCCGGCUGCUCAAGAACCUCACCACGCUGCUGAUCGUCACCCAGAAUCUCGGCGGCGACUGCGACGUCGGCGAGGUGAACAAGGUGCUCGAGGGCUGCCUGGAGGAGGUGCGCAGCAACCUCUUCUGCGGCGACAACAGCGAGGUCUUCCAGAAGAGCGUCCAGGUGCGGCUGGAGUACAUAGCCAUGGACAUUAGCAGGAGCUUGGAGGAGCGCAGCGCGAGUCGCAUGGCGGAGGGCGAUGACCUGAAGUCGCUCAAGUCGGAGGACAACGAGGGGGAUGCCGAUCAGGGGCAGGAGCACAAGCAGGCAGAGCCCUCUGGCGACACCGCCAAGACGAAAGCGAAGGGCCGCCCCAAGCAGGCCGAGAAGAAGGAGCAGGCGGACAAGGACCAGAAGGAGCAGCUCAUGGACACCGAGGAGGAGGAGGUGGAGGAGGAGGAGAAGCUGGACUCCGACGAGCACGAGCACGACACCGAGGAGCAGCACCUGGACCCCGAGGAGGAGCAGUCGCCCAAGCCGGCCGCCACCGAGGACACGCAAAUCACCAUCGAGUCGAUGAAGGAGUCGGAUGAGGAGUUCCAAUCCACAGCCGAGACGGAGGAGGAGGACGACAUGGUUGGCCUGGAGCAGCUGAAGAUGGAGGGGGACGAGGAGGAGGAGUUCCUGUACGUGAAGUAGCCGCCGAGGACCCAGGAUCGAGCACCGAGCACCAGACCCCAGCUCCUCCGCAUAUUCGCUUGCCGAAUACCGACUUUUUUUAUUUAGUUUAUUUUCCCGGGCGUUUGAACACGAGUGUGAGUGGAGAGUUCCGGAGAACGCGUCGCAAUAAGAAAUGUAUCAACAUGGCCCACGGAAAUCGCUGGGACCCCUUAACGUUUUUUUUAUGUAUAGCACCGACUUUGUAAGAGAGCCUUCAAUAAAAGGAAGUGUGAA